CCCUGCAUUUGCGGUUACUAUUUUUAAAUCUCUUCGAAACCUUAUCAAAUCCCAUUUUCGUUCGUCAAUGUGUCAAUUUAACGCUUGUGUCGUAGCUAAUUGUUAUCAGUUUCUUUAGUAACUAAACAUUAGUCUAAUGACAUUUCACAGACUUGAUCAAGUAUUGAUGGUCUAGUGCGUUUUGCAACUUUCCAUGCCUCGUUUGUCCUUGCUCACAAUCUUUCCAAGUGUCUUUCAUUCACAUUUAUCAACAUUGUCAGUUAUUUCUGGUUUACUAUUUGAUGAAAACUUGCUUUGUCUCAAGAUAUAGGACUUCAUUCUCGACUGCAUCGUUCGGCCGAAUGAACUUUUCGGAUUUUGAUGGGCUCAACACUACUGAUUUGACCAAUGUAUCGUAUGAACUAAAAGGGUUUUAUAGUUUAGGUGACAAUCUGGUUUCGAUUAGGGGUCGGAAUUCAUUAGCUACCACAGGAUUGCCAAAUUAUGAACACCAUACUGGAGUAAUAUCUAACCAACCCAACAACACUAUUAUUUCACACAAGUCAGAAGGGAAAAUUUUGUUUGAAGUUGUGACUGCUGCAACGGCGUCCGAGGAAGCUUUUCUCAAUCGUUCUUCUGUUUUGUUUGUGGCUGUUUCGUUCAUUCUUCUUAUGGUGAUCAGUUUAGCAUGGCUCGUAUUUUAUUAUGUUCAGCGGUUCCGGUACCUACACAGCAAGGAACGAGUUUCCCAAAUGACUGUCUUGAUCUCUAUGAAUCGCUAUCAUCAGAUCUAGCAUAUAAUUCGAAUUUCGGGAUAUACAUUAUGCUCCAUUUCGUACUGAGUUUCGCUCAUUUUUGUGUAUUUUCACUGUUGGUUUCGUUCCCAGACGAUACUUCAAGGUUUUAUAUUCAAACACCGACUGACUACAAUUUUGAAGGUUACUGUCCUUGCGUAGCAGAACUUUCUCCUGUGUACUUUUAGUUCGUGAGUUUACAAAAUUUGCACUAAUCCUUGGACUAAACGAAAGCAGUAUCGAUGACAAAAUUAUAUAAAGAUUAAUAAUGUAGACGACCUUGGUAAAUGUCAUUUGCCAUAACAAAUUUAAAUAGUAGCUAGCAUAGUAGUAUAUCUUUAAGGUCGAGAUAUACGUCUACAGGAAUUAUCCAUGUUCCAAGCACCAAUCAGAAACUUGCUUGAUUUUCAUGUGUUUGUUGGUUCCAGGCUGUAGUAUAGUACCUAACGUAUAUGUUAACUAAUAUAUUAAAUACUACUAUUGGUCAGACGUAUUCUCUAGGCUCUUACGAGGGAAUUUUCACCCUCUUUAUAAAAUUGAACGAUCAAUAAUAAAUCUAUUUCCUCAAUGUUCGUCAACAUCUCAGUGUAUCUAGCUGUUCAUACUGGAUUAUCAUACUUAAAGACUUUAUCCACUUAACUCAAGCAGACCAUCCGAUGUCUCCCAUUUCAAGAUCCUUUUACUGUUUCAACUUUGAGGACCGGAGGCCCGAUACUGGUUUCUUAUUUAGGUUGUUGAUAAUCGGACAGUUAGUGAGUAGCUAAACUCUGUUUAAAAUAGUUCUCAGUGUCCCACCCAUCGUCCAAGAGUUAUUGCCUGACGGCAGAUGACUAUUAUGUAUUUUUAGCGUUACUCUGUUUACCUACUCGGACGUUGAAACCAUUCACUACAAUUAUGUUUAAAAACUUGGGUUUUAGAAAGAAGCAGGGCAGUUUUCGGAAGAUAUCUUAUACAUAAAUUGGUCAAUUCAAAUGAAUUAUCACAUGUGUUUUGCCGGGGUUUUCAAAAACCCCUCAACGUCCUACAGUUCUCACUAGUGAAGCGUUACCGAUUUGACACAAUGUUCAAACAUAGAAGGCGAUAUACGUAGAUCGGAGCACAUUUUUAGAGAUCAGAAAUAACAUUCCAUAGUUCAGAGUAGUUAGCGCUGGUCAAGAAUGAAGAUAAAUAUUGAAAAGAAUAGCUCAUAGCAGGGAUAGAAGCUAGUGUAGACAAUCAUUACGAUAACUGUUGGCAAACUUGGGUUUUGUUGCUAGUUCUCAGUCUCACACACCAUGAAAGGAUUUUUUAUCGAGAAACCUGAAAGAGAAAUGGAGUAAUCAUUGAUAGUUUCAUCAACCUUUAGGGACGACUUUAGAUAGCUAGGAAUAACUGACUGAACCUGGUGGUGCAUAGUUCCUGUCAGCGGUUCUUUUAUUGAUAUUAACUCAGUACUACCUUACCGUUGACAUCGAAAGUCCAUGAGUGAUGGAAGGUGUGGUAUUUUUGUAGUUAAUCAUUGGAUUCUUCUGUUUGUGAAAAAUAUAGCAUCACUGGAUAUGCAAAUUACUCAUCUAAAGAACCCUACUUCCUCUCUGCACCGAUACACUUGGCAGGACGAUUUCUUUUUCAGACUUAACAUUUCCGCCCAAUGAAUCUUCCUGGCAUAUCAGUACUCCAACGAACACACUUUACAGCCAAUACAACUCGGUUCAUCAUGGUGAAUGGAACCGAACACUGAUGGAAGCCAGAAGCUACAGCCGCGUAGAUAUUAAUUAAUGAUAAAAGAAUAUGUUCGUAGUUAGUAAUAAGUUUGUUUGUCUUUAUUUACUGAAAGAACAUCCAGUUUCCUGUUAGUUCAAGCUGUAAAGGUAAUGCAAAGCUUCCUUUCUAGUUAUAGUCGCACUCCUUGAUCGAAAUGACAUCAACUGAUAAACCUUUGGCAAUCAGGGAGUGCUAGACAUGCUUCUUCCUUAUUAGCGACUUCCUAAAGAGCCUCACCCACAAUCCCCCUGAGAUCAAAUCCUGCACCUUGUGGAGAGCACCUAAAAUGUGUAGCCAUGCUUUCUAGUUUCCAGUCAAUGUGAGUUUGCGAUAAAUAUUUUCUUUAAACACAACUAAUCUCGAAUUCCGUUUCACAAUUGGUAUUGUAUUGUUUGAUUAUAUUUAACUAUUCAUGCUUUUUAAAUGUUUGUUUUCUAAUGUUUCAGAGAAGACUUACGGAAUUGGCGAAAAAAGCUGUUGCACGUAUACCUAUCAAAACCUUGCAUUCUGGAGAUUGGGAAAUAACUUCGAACUAUGAACAGUGCGCAAUAUGUAUUGAACCUUUUAAAGCAAUGGAUAAUAUUCGCAUUCUUCCUUGCCGACAUUACUUUCACAAACUUUGUAUUGAUCCUUGGCUUCUGGAACAACGUAGUUGUCCUAUGUGCAAACUGGAUAUUUUACAAGCAUAUGGUUUUCGCGCGGAGUUGUUUUGCAGUUAUACAAACUUGGAAAGCUUAUCUAAUCAAGUACUCUCUACCUCUGGUCCAACUUUAUCCAUAUCUUCAGUUUGUUCAACUUUCUCUAAUCUGGUAACGGGCAAUCUUUCCAGCCCACGAACGAGUAAUGAUGUUUCUGUGAUAGAAAGCCUUUCGUUGAUUACUAGUCAACCACAAAUUAUGAGUAACCUACUGACAGUCGCACAUGGAUCUCCAUUGACUUAUGUCGUACUAACUGGUACUAAUGGUUUCGCUAAUGCUACCGAUUCGAUAAUAAUUCAUGCUCAGUCGUUCCCUAAGACGAAUGAACAGUCGAGUCUUGAAAAUCCAGUUUCAGCUCCACUCAUUCAAAAUGAUGACAUAACUCUACCAAAUCGUAGUAUGACAAACAGUAUUACCAUCCCAUUGUUAUCAAAUUUAUCUCUCCCUCCAAAGCAGUUGGCUACUUCGUCUGUAUGGAGCACAAAUCUCUUACCAGUAUGUGUUGUUACAUCUGUUAGUAUAUCUGAAUCAUGUCAACCGAGAGCGCUUAUGGUCUGCGAAUCAUUCCUUGGCAAUAUAUUUCAUCAAACAUGUUCUGUUGUAACCGCAACAGUAGGCUCAUUAACUAAUCAUUCAAUAUCCAUGUCUAAUAAUAAUAAAGAGGCAACAACUUCGACCACUCAAUCGUUAACGGGUCCAUUAUGCUCAACCACCCAUGAUUCAGAGAUUUUAUCAAUACAUCAAAUGAAUUUUAUUUACACUAACUGUCCAGGACAUUUGACAUCGCAGACAAAUCUGUCUGUAGAACAACCACAGGCAAUUUGUCCCACCAAUAAUCCAGUUAAUUUAAAUUCGUCACAAUAUCCAAUGAAUCAGCGUAAUUUGCGUAUAAUAAAUUUUAAAAAUAUAUUUCAUCCUGAUAAACCUCUUAAUAGUAACAUUCCUCCUCGAAAUGACCAAUCGUCUGUGAAUGUAUUUCGUAAUUGGUUUACUCGCCACUGGUGUAAUACAUUUUAUCCACAGUCUAACAAUAAUAAACGAAUUAAUCGUUUUUCGUACAGUUCUCCUUCAUAUUAUACAACUAAUUCUACAUCUUCAAACAGUCUUAUUGUCAAUACAGAUGAAUUUGAUCAAUGUAAGUCAAAUUUAAUUAAUUCCAAACAACAAUCAUCCAGUACAUCAAGUACUAAAGAAUGUUAUGUAACUGCUGUUGUUGAAGAUGUACCAUCAGAGACAGGUAAUAGUUCUACACUAUCUGAAUCUAUGAAUAUACUUAAUUCAGAUCAGUUUGCAAUUAUUCAUUCUACAAAUUCGGCAUCUAAUAGUUUCAGUCUACAUGGUACAACAUUAAAUUAGCAUUUUCUCAUUAAUUUCAAUUAAAUAAUUUUAUUAUGUUUAAAAUUGUUUUUCAACAAAUACAUUUAAUGUACACAUACAUUAGUGAAUUCGUAUUAUAUUUUGCCAUUUGUUGGUUUGAUUAUUUUGGAAUACAACAAAGAAAUGAAACUCUCAUAUUUUUAUUUGCUUCAUUUACUUUAAAUUACUUCUUGUACACAAACUAUCAAUAUAGUUAAAUACUACUUAAAACAAUUUGCUCCUUAUUAUUACUAUUGAUGUUGUUGUUUAACAUUUAUUAAGCAUUCAAUACGCACUAUCUACUUGUUGAUAAAUUGUAUAUUUUCAGUUUACGUUUUCCCAUGGGCUUUAUAUUGGUUAUUCUUACGAUGACUGAUCAUACCCAAUUAUCUUUUAUCAAUAAACUUGUUAGAUUUCAUUGAAUCAAACCAUUACGCCCUUUGUAUCAUUCCCUAAUAUACUUAAAUUCAUAGAAACCCAGCGUUUAUGGUGUUGUCUGUUGAGUGUGUGCAAUGUUCCGUGUGUGAUCUCAUUUAAACUAUAUAUAUAUAUAUAUAUAUAUAUAAAAACUUUUCUUUGAUUUUUUUGAUUUUCCGUAUCAAAAAUAACUAAAUACUGGAAAAUUAUCUGUUAUAUUACUGUUGUCGUGAAUUUUUUUAAUCGUUCACUAUUUGUUUCUUUGUAUUUUCUGAGACAGAACGAUAAUUCAUCGGCUCGUCUAUUUAAAAAAAACCUUCAGGUUAGAUAAAAAUUCUUCCCAAUAAACUUUUCAUUAUAAUUAUGUUUAUUGUAGAAUGAUCGGUUCUUCUUUACAUCGUUUUCCUAAACAGUUUUUGACUCUUCAUUUGUGCUGUCCUAACUUUUGUAUCUAGUAUUUUUUAGCCGCGUUUAAUAAAUACAUUGUAGAUCUGCUAUAA